AUGACAGAUGAGUGCGGUAGUCGUGACAUCAAGUACAAGUUUUGUAUAAGUUGUGAAAAACAAUAUUUUAUACGACAAUUCGGCCAAUGGACAAGUAAUAAUGCCGAAAUAGAUAGAUUUAUAAAGUAUACACAAACCAAAGCAAUGGCUCAAGUAGAAUUUUUCGAGUGGAUAGAGUGGUCAGAAUUGGAUCUUAUCGAGUAUGAAGACACAGGAUUAUAUAGUACAAUUUAUUCGGCAUAUUGGAUCGAUGGACCUAUUUUAUUAUGGGAAAAAACCAUGGACUGUUAUAUAAGAAAUGGACCGAUCAAGGUCGCGAUUAAAAGAUUCAACAAUUCUCAAAAUAUAUCUGAAGAAUUCAUCAAUCGUGUAAUUAUUCCAAUUAAUUAA